AUGAUUGCAUUGCUGCUGUUGGUGUUUGGACUGAUCUCUGACUACAUUUCUCCUGUGGGUGCUGCCAUCCCUGUGGUCCCAAACUUUGACCCCCAAAAGACUGUCGGGAUGUGGCACCCCAUCGGGAUGGCUUCCAAGCUGCCUCAGUUGGCUGAGUAUGAGCAGAAAAUAUCACCGAUGGACCACUUUGUGGAGGUUAUAGAUGGAGAUCUUAAACUAACCGCUAAUUAUAUGGACGGUGUCUGUAAAGAAUCAACUGCUAUGUUAAAGCGCACGAAGAAACCUGGUGUAUUCAAAUUUCCCGGUGGUAAAGUCCGCAUGAUGGAUAUUGAUUAUGAAAAGUAUCUCAUUAUGCACAAGAAGAAAUCAAAUUAUGAAGCCAUGUAUCUGUCUGCUAGGGGGUCAGACGUGGAAGAUGACAUCAAAGAAAAAUUCAAGAGAUUAGUCUUGGAGCAAAAUUAUCCUGAGGCACACAUCAAAUACUUUAACGCUGAACAAUGCACUCCAACAGCUGCUUAAUAGCCAGAUAUUCAUUCACAAACACAGAAUGGUGGAGACGAUGAUGACUACGGAUCAAUGGCUUGUAGAAAUUGAUGCAAUCAGAACAACAAUGUC